GGUGUUCGUUCGGUGUGUUCGUUCCGUGUGUUCGGGAAGGUGUGUGAGGGGAACUGAGGAGUUUGCGCCAACGAGACGCGGCCCUGAGAAAGGAGACGCUUCCUUGGGAGACCUUGGGUUUGGACGGGAGGCAGCGGGACUCGCGGUGUUGCCGUCAUGCCUCAAACCCGAUCCCAGGCGCAGGGUCAAAUCAGCUUUCCAAAGAAGAAGCUCCCUGGGAGCGUGAACAAAAGCAAAAACUCUGGUGAUGUCAGACAAAAGGCAACAAGUGCCCAGUCUCUGUCCUCCCCUCCUUCCUUUAAAGUUCUGCCUCUGAGCCCCAGAAAACGUCUGGGUGAUGACAACCUCUGCAACACUCCCCAGUUACUGCCCUGUUCACCACCCAAGCAAGGCAAGAAGGAGAAUGGGCCCCCUCGCUCACAUACCCCGAAAGGACGCAGAUUAAUAUUUGACAAUUCACUGACAAUUAAGUCUCCUAGCAAAGGAGAGCCAGCCAGAGCUCCCCAAAACAAGAUACUUGCCUCGCCUCGGAAAGGUCAAGAGGUCACAGCAACCUCUGAGCAGAGAUGUUCAUCUGAGAAAGAAUCUGCAUGCAUGAGGCUGUUCAAGCAAGAAGGUACUUGCUACCAGCAGGCAAAGCUUGUCCUGAAUACAGCUGUUCCGGAUCAGCUGCCUGCCAGGGAGAAGGAGAUGGAUGUCAUCAGGACUUUCCUGAGGGAGCACAUCUGUGGGAAGAGAGCUGGAAGUCUUUACCUCUCCGGGGCUCCUGGGACUGGGAAAACUGCCUGCCUAAGCCGGAUUCUGCAAGACCUCAAGAAGGAACUGAAAGGCUUUAAAACUAUCAUGCUGAAUUGCAUGUCCUUGAGGAGCGCCCAGGCAGUGUUCCCAGCUAUUGCUCAGGAGAUUUGUCAGGAAGAAGUCGCCAGAACAGCUGGGAAGGACAUGAUGAAGAAACUGGAAAAGCAUAUGACUGCAGAGAAGGGCCCCAUGAUUGUGCUGGUUCUGGAUGAGAUGGAUCAGCUGGACAGCAAAGGGCAGGAUGUGUUGUACACACUGUUUGAAUGGCCAUGGCUGAGCAACUCUCGGUUGGUGCUGAUUGGGAUUGCUAAUACCCUGGACCUCACAGACAGAAUCCUGCCUAGGCUUCAAGCUAGAGAAAAAUGCAAACCUCAGCUGUUGAACUUCCCACCAUACACCAGAAACCAGAUAGCCACCAUCCUGCAGGAUCGACUUAGCCAGGCAUCAAGAGAGCAGGUUGUGGACAGUGCUGCCAUCCAGUUCUGUGCCCGCAAAGUUGCUGCUGUUUCAGGAGACGUUCGCAAAGCGCUGGAUGUGUGCAGGAGAGCUAUUGAAAUUGUAGAGUCGGAUAUCAAAAGCCAGACUAUCCUCAAGCCACUGUCUGAAUGUAAGUCGUCCUCUGAAUCUCCGGUUCCCAAGAGAGUUGGUCUUACUCACAUCUCCCAAGUCCUCUCAGAAGUUGAUGGGAAUAGGAUGGCUUUGAGCCGAAACGGGGCACAAGAUUCCUUCCCUCUUCAGCAGAAGAUUUUGGUGUGCUCUCUGCUGCUCGUGACGAGACACCUGAAAAUCAAAGAGGUCACUCUGGGGAAGUUGUAUGAAGCCUAUAGUAGCGUCUGUCGCAAACAGCAGGUGGCAGCUGUGGACCAGUCAGAAUGCUUGUCACUUUCAGGGCUCUUGGAAGCCAGAGGCAUUUUAGGAUUGAAGAAAAAUAAGGAAACUCGGUUCACAAAGGUGUCUUUGAAGAUUGAAGAGACGGAAAUAGAACAUGCUCUGAAAGACAAAGCUUUAGUUGGAAACAUCCUAGCUACUGGAUGGCCUUAACUUGGACACUUCCAGCGCAGCGGACAGCAUUCAGCUGGCAGUUAGAGAGCGAAGGAGUCUUCCUCUUUAGUACUUUAUAUGCUCAGGUCUGAAAACAAAUAUGGCCUUUUUUACUUGAAACCAAUGAAUUUUAGUCUGUAGACUUGUGAACGCUAGCACAGGAUAACGUCUUUGGAUUUUAUUAUUUCUGUCCCUAAAGGUGACCAAGUAGACCCUCUGCAUUUACAUUCACUACCUCUGCUACUUGUCCCUCUGACCAGUUGUGUUUGUGUGGUGGAAUGCACAUCUACUUACCUCUUAUUUUCCUCAAACAUACAUGUUUUUUUAUAACAACUUUGAAGUUAGGGUAUCAAGAUGGUCCUGAGAGCAAGCCCACAUGGUGAUUUGGAGGACACUUAGAUCAAAGAGUUUCUUUGUGGGGAGAUUCCAUCCCAUCACUUUAAAGACUCAAUGAUUUCCUUGGGCGGGAGAGGCUGGUAAAGAGAAUGUAACUCUGCAAAUUGUGAAUAUAUUUAUCUUAUUUAUUUUUAAGUUGUAGUCUUUGGGUUUUUUUUUUUGUUUAAGCAAUCACAGUUGAAGAGAGCUGAAGGUUCCAAAAAGCAAUGUGAAAAUUCCUUCCAAACUGUUCCGCAGACUGGGCUGCCCUCGCAUGCUUCAAGAUGACUUCUUUGGGUUGGAGUUCCAUCUGAAUAUAUAUCCAAAUGCA